UUAUGAAUUAUAAACAUGCUCGUCUCAUUUUCUGACGAUGUGAUCAAGACAGAAGUGGAAGAUUGCUCCGAUAAUACCAACAGUUUUCCUCGAGGUUUUUCCCUACAUGCGCACAUACGAGAACGCAACACGUGCUCGGUGCUUUGGACUCGUGUACAAAUAGCUGUUCUAAGAGUAGCGGAGACAUUCAGUCUUGAAGCAACCGCCAAGAUGGGUAGAGUUCAUUUGAUUCUUUCGUGCCUCGUCAUUGCUGCCGAGGCAGUUCUUUCUGCUCAGCAAUACCGCGCCGCAGUAAUCUUGGACUUAUACAAUGAGAAGCUCAAUUUCUUCGAUUCUUUCCUAUCGCCAAGUGGAGUCGAUGGCUUGCUUCUAUCUGAAGAAAGCGUAAGUCUCGAGACGGUGAAAACUCUACGUCAGGCUUGGAUCCCGUACAUGACGCUGCGUGGUCAGAUAAUAUCGUGGUGCACUGAAGUAAACAGUAUUAUCGAAGGACUCGACCCUCGACCUAAUCAACCCAACUUUGCAUCAAACGUGCGCGAUGCAUUAAAUCAGAUGAAGGGAUAUUUUGACUCGAUAACGACGAACGGCGCACCGGGACAAAACGUUGAAGAAGAAUACCAAGCAGUCAUUACGAUUGCAGGUGGUGUUCGGAAACUCGAAGUCAUCAAGGGCCGUACACCGAAUAACAUCGAUAAGCAGUUGUCGUCACUUCUGGCAAAAUCGAAAUUCGAAACCAAUGUUACGGAAAAUAUUAGGCUGACGGGGUUGGAUGGAAAACUGAGCCAUGCAAAAAACAUAACUGCCGAGGCCCUCACAGCUAUCAGCAGUGCCGCGAAUGAUGGUUUCGAUAGAGAGAAGAUGAUUGCGAAAUGCAGACCCAUUCUCGGCCAGAUGUCUACCUCACGCACAUCGCCAGCGCAAUAUGCACCUCUGCCACAAAGGAUCGUCCCAUCACCGAAGGACAGUUUGAGGAUCUAUCCCAACAGUUGCGGAGGAACCUUAGGUCUUCAUAAGACUUCUACAUGCGAAGCCGUUCUUUCGAAAUCAACCAUGGAGCGAUUGCGGAAAUUGUAUCGGACUGACGCAUCCGUCAGUGACUAUUUCAACGCAAUCGGUCAGUCCGGUUCAUCGUCGAAAUGUAAUUACCGCAUGAAGUCAUUCAUAAAGCAUUCCUAUAUGUCGUGGGCAUACGAAAUCGAUGAAAUAACAAGCAGGCAAUCUCUGGUCAUUUCAAUUUGUCUCAACUCUAACUUACCUGUCCAAGUCACACGAACGUGAAGUACAUAAUUUUUAUACUUCAUGUUUGUGUAUUUAUAAUAUUGUAAGAUUAUGAACGUUGACAAAUAAAGUUUAUCGCUGAUCAACGACAAUCUAAAAA